CAUCUCAUCCUUUCUCUUAUAUAUUUUUUUUCACCGGCCAGGUGUAGAAACAUUUGAACAGAAAAAUGGGUGCUUCUCUUCCUUCAUCACCGGCAGCUGUUGUGGCUUUUCUCUUUGCCAUUAGCUUUCUCUGUGUCUUUCCUCAAGUUGCUGUCGCUAAAGCAAACCAUGCAGGCGUCACAAGGCACUACAAGUUUGAUAUAAGGUUGACAAAUGUCACCCGAUUGUGCCACACGAAGAGCAUUGUGACAGUCAAUGGGAAGUUCCCUGGCCCUCGAAUUACUGCUAGAGAGGGAGAUAGACUGGUAGUUAAUGUGGUGAAUCAUGUUCCAAACAACAUCAGCAUCCACUGGCAUGGAAUCAGACAACUACAGAGCGGAUGGUAUGAUGGGCCAUCAUACAUAACCCAAUGCCCUAUUCAAACUGGGCAGAGUUAUGUGUACAACUUCACCAUUGUUGGCCAAAGAGGAACUCUUUUCUGGCAUGCCCACAUCUCAUGGCUAAGAGCUACUGUCUACGGACCCCUCAUCAUCCUCCCUAAGCAUAAUGCAUCCUACCCAUUUGCCAAACCACACGAGGAAGUCCCCAUCAUAUUCGGAGAGUGGUGGAAUGUCAAUCCGGAGGCAGUAAUUAGGCAGGCUCUUCAGACCGGAGCCGGUCCAAAUGUCUCCGAUGCCUACACAAUCAAUGGACUUCCCGGACCAUUGUACAAUUGUUCUAAAAAAGAUACGUUCAGGCUGAAGGUGAAGCCGGGGAAGACAUACCUCCUCCGUUUGAUCAAUGCUGCACUCAAUGACGAGCUCUUUUUCAGCAUAGCAAACCACAGCCUAACUGUUGUUGAAGCCGAUGCAAUUUACAUGAAGCCUUUCACGACCAAUGUAUUGGUCAUCACACCGGGACAGACCACCAACGUUCUUCUGAAGACAAAACCCCACGACCCGAAUGCAACAUUCUUAAUGUUAGCUAGACCAUAUUUCACCGGCUUGGGCACCUUCGACAAUUCCACGGUGGCCGGCAUUCUUGAGUAUGAAAAUUCCACGUCCACUUCGAAAAAACAUCGACGUUUCAAACCUGCUCUUCCUGCCCUCAAUGCCACUUCCUUCGUCAUGAAUUUUACUAGGAGAUUUAGAAGUUUGGGCAAUGCUAAAUUCCCUGUCAACGUGCCCAAAACAGUCCAAAAGCGGUUUUUCUUCACUGUAGGCCUAGGAAGCAACCCGUGCCCCAAAAACCAAACCUGCCAAGGGCCUAACAAUAGCUCAAAAUUUGCAGCUUCAAUGAACAAUGUCUCCUUUGUUCUCCCCACCACAGCACUCCUCCAAGCACAUUUCUUUGGGAAAUCUAAUGGGGUGUACACCACUGAUUUUCCAAGCGCUCCUCUCCAUCCAUUCAACUAUACAGGCACUCCACCAAACAAUACAGUUGUGAGCAAUGGAACCAAAGCGGUGGUGCUACAAUUUAAUACUAGUGUGGAAGUAGUGAUGCAAGACACAAGCAUUUUGGGUGCUGAGAGCCAUCCGCUCCAUCUUCACGGCUUCAACUUUUAUGUUGUCGGCCAAGGUUUCGGAAACUUUGACCCCAACAAGGACCCUGCCAACUUUAACGUUGUUGACCCAGCUGAAAGGAAUACAAUUAGUGUGCCUUCCGGCGGUUGGGUCGCCAUUCGGUUCCUUGCAGACAACCCAGGGGCUUGGUUGAUGCAUUGCCACUUUGAUGUCCAUCUGAGCUGGGGUUUAAGGAUGGCCUGGAUUGUCCAGGAUGGGAAGCUCCCCAAUCAGAAGCUGCCUCCUCCACCGUCUGAUCUUCCAAAGUGUUGAUCUUUGACUGAAUACAACACAACCGCUUCUUCUUCUUCUCCUUCUAAUUUAUUUUGGUCAUGUUUUGCAAUAUUGUACCUCUCGAAGAGUAGCCAAAGGCCACAUUGGAACUGAGCCAAAUGUUUGUGCGUUUGCCUCCCUUGAGAUUUUUCUAGAUUCCUCCACUGAAAAAAUGGCAAAAAAAAAGGGUGGAGAAGGUUUUGUACUAUCCAGGAUUUCGAUGCUUAUGUUGGGGCCUAACUAAAUAAUAGCAAUAUUCAUUAAUGAAACA